AUGAACAGUUCCCUCCCCAGAUUAGAUAACUUAGCAGUCUCUAAAGAAUUCUUAGAACAGCAUUCUCAAACACUCUAUAGCCUGCGUGCAUUUCCACCAAAAAAGGUGCGACGGGCAUCAAACAUGCCCGUUUCGCUGACAGGAACUUCCUUUACCCCUCGAGGAGGCUCUUGUCAAAUCAGUAUUCCCGAGGUUAGAAAGCUUCCUUCUCAGUUUUCUCACAAGCAAAACGAGAAUUCUAUUACAGACUUUGGAUCUCCUCUUUUGGUAGAUCUCUUUGGAUAUCGCUUAAUUAUGGGUUCUACUGUCGAGCAAGAUGUCAAGACGCCAGAAUAUGCUACCUCAUCGCCAUCUAUCGGUACUGUUAGCACAUGUAGUCCUAUAACAGAAAAGGUCAUACUGUCUACGUAUUCUCGACCUCCGUCCAGCUUCAAAGUCUCGCGUACUAGUGCGGCUCCUGUUAAAUCUAUUGCCAUUCCCAGCCUAAACGAUGCACUUACUGGUCCCUUAUCCAGUGCCAAGGCGAGACCAAACAGUGCUAGACAACUGGCGACGCCCACAUCGUCACGUUCCCCCAGCCCUUCCUGCCUAAAUAGAGAUUUUAUCCACAAUAACAGAGUUUUAUCUUACACUAGCCAACGAUCAGUGCAUACUGCGCAAGGUUUGGCUAAAGAUACUAUCAGCAGAGGAUCAUCAAUUGUUUAUUCACUGGGACUUCCUCGUGAAUCACCACACGCAUUAGGAACGCCGCUCUAUGAACUUCCGGCUCAAUUCUUCCUACAAGUUAACUCUCCCCUAGGAGCGUCUCCUCCACCUAAUGAAUCUUGCUUAGCCACUCCGUCAAUGAACACCGAAAUAUCACUCGUAGAAAGUCUUGGUGAUCUUUCAACACAUUCUAUGGGGCAUUCAGAUGCAUCUGAACCAGCUCAGUAUGUCGCAGAUCACGUGUUAAUGGAUCAGUCAGUGCACUGCAAGCGGCCCACAGCUGUUUCUCAUGCUAACCAACCUCCCACAGAAACCAAGACAUCUUUUCCUUCACAGUAUUCUGUACGCAAAUGCACAUCGGUAUAUUCUAAUCAACCAGCAGUAGCUCCACACUCAUCAGAAAAGGGCACGCAUAACCAUAAUUUGAAGCCAAACUGUUCUCCAAGAAGCAAAGCUAACCAAUCUUGUCCUCAAGUUAGAGAAAGGCUUACAAUAUCCGGCACCCUACUUCAGAGCCAUGCAACUGCACCGUCUUCGUAUAGAUUCAAAGUGUCUGCUUGCCAGAAAAGGGAAAGUGCGCCACUUUCUGAAAAUUCACAACCGCUACAACUAGUGCCAUGUUCUAGUGCAACAGAAUACAUCAACGAAUUCUUAGAUAGAAGAGGAUUCUAUCCGUACGUUGCUCGCUGCACAAAAGCUGCUCAUAAAUCUGCAGUUGUGAGCAGACUGGCAGGAUCUUCUGCAUCAAUCUGA